AUGUAUGGAAAUGAUGGAACAGGAAGUUCACUUAUCUGGUGUAAACUUAGAUAUACCAUUGCUCAAACAUUUGUUCUCAUCACAUUCACUAUGAUAUGUUGUACUGCAGCUGAUGAAUACUUUUCCACAAAUUAUCUUUACAAUAUAAGAUAUAUAUGUACACUGAAAUUAUCUCGAUAUCUUACAUGUGUAUUUGUUUGUAUCUGGAUCACUCAUAGUAUUAUACAAACUUUCUUUUACAAUAUUGUGCCAUCUCUUGGAUGUGCAAUAGCAAAUGAUAUCUAUGUACGAUAUGCAACAUACUUUACAUAUCCUGUUUUGACUGGUCUUUUACCAAUUGUAAUUUCAUUGUUGUUUAGUUUAUUUGCUUACCAAAAUGUUCGUCGAAUAGUUCGUCGACAAAUACCUGUUGCUCGUCGUCGACUAGAUCGACAAAUAACAGCAAUGUGUUUUAUACGUGUCUUAUCUUUUGCUUGUUUGGCAACACCUUAUUGUUGUUAUCGAAUAUAUGCUGUCAAUAAUCCUGUUUCACGAAGUGAACCAUUAGAAUUUGCAAUUAGACAAUUAGUUCAAGUUAUUUUUGCGUCUCUUGCAUCCCUUAACUUUGGAAUCAGUUUUUAUCUUUUUAUUAUAUCAUCAUCACAGUUUCGUCGUCAGGGUGGUAGUAUAUAUUGA